GAGGCACAACAGUUUAACGUGAUUAGAAAUCAGGCCAACUCGGGCUUCUCUUGAGCUGUACUCCCCCACAGGCUGAAUUAUAGCUUUCCUACCAGUCCCACGGCGCUGAAUGAUGUCAUGGGAUCUGCAGUUCAGCGAGAUGAAAGGGAUAACGCAGAACCCGCUGGCACUAGGCAAGGCUUCCAACACACAAUCCACAACACAGCUUGAGAACCGACAAAGCUACGGAUCCAGCCACUCAGCCCAAGCUUGGGAGAACCACCGGUAUUGCCUCGUUGCAAAAAAAAAAAAAAAAGAGGAGGAAAACAGCGUGAUCGUGUUAAACAAAAGAAUUUGUGGACGAGAAGGCGGGAGGGUGACUACCUGCUGAAAGGGAACUUUCUUGAUAUCCGUGCAUCUAUAUAAACUUAGCCCUGCCUUUGAUGUUUGCAACUGAUCACCGAUCAGAUUACCGCAUUUCGUCUCCCUGCUCGUCUGUCUUUGAUCUGCAUGGUUAAUUUUAUUUUCUUGGAUUUGAAGUUUCGCCUGGGCUUGUGCUGACAUACAUUUUUGGGAAGGUAGAAGCAUUUGGCAUAGAACUGCUGCCAAGGAGAAACUAAGUUGCCGAAAGGCUUCUUCAUUCACUUAAUUGAUUCAGCGGACGUUCACUGAGUGGCUUUAUGUGCCAGGCACCAUGCUAGCCACAGGAGUGCAAGAGGAGUAAGGUGGGGUCCCAUUUUAAUGGAGCGUACAGUCUGAACUCUGCAACAGUAAAUAUAUUUAAUAAGAGCAAUGGCUUUAAAAGUGCUACCAGAACAAGAGAAAACAUUUUUCACCAUUGUAGUUUUACUAGCCUGUUUGGCAUGUGAAGUGAUUUGUGAAACAGGAGACUGUAGACAACAGGAAUUCAGGGAUCGGUCUGGAAAUUGCAUGCUCUGCAGGCAGUGUGGGCCAGGCAUGGAGUUGUCUAAGGAAUGUGGCUUUGGCUACGGGGAGGAUGCCCAGUGUGUGACGUGCAGGCCGCACAGGUUCAAGGAGGACUGGGGCUUUCAGAAAUGCAAGCCGUGCCUGGACUGCGCGGUGGUGAACCGCUUCCAGAAGGCAAACUGUUCUGUCACCAGCGAUGCCGUCUGUGGGGACUGCUUGCCAGGAUUUUAUAGGAAGACAAAACUUGUUGGUUUUCAAGACAUGGAGUGUGUGCCUUGUGGAGACCCCCCUCCUCCUUACGAACCGCACUGUACCAGCAAGGUCAACCUCGUGAAGAUUCCGUCCACAGCCUCCAGCCCAAGGGACACAGCCCUGGCUGCCGUCAUCUGCAGCGCCUUGGCCACCGUCCUGCUGGCCCUGCUCAUUCUCUGCGUCAUCUAUUGUAAGAGGCAGUUUAUGGAGAAAAAGCCGAGCUGGUCUCUGAGAGCACAGGACAUUCAGUACAACGGUUCUGAACUGUCGUGUUUUGACAGACCUCAGCUCAACGACUCUGCUCCCAGAGCCUGUUGUCAGUGCCGCCGGGACCCGGCCCAGCGCUGCGGGCCUGUCCACUUGAUUCCAUCCUUGUGCUGUGAUGAGGCCUGCAGCAUCAACCGGGCGACUCUUGGUUGUAGAGUGCAUUCCAAGGCUACUCUUCAGGAGAGAAAUGCAGGUCCUGUGGGAGAGACAAUGCCGACUUUCUUCGGAUCUAUUUGUGGCGAGUUUUCAGAUGCCUGGCCUCUGAUGCAAAAUCCCAUUUGUGGUGACAACAUCUCUUUUUGUGACUCUUACCCUGAACUCACUGGAGAAGAUAUUCAUUCUCUCACUCCAGAAAAUGAAAGCUCGUCAUCCUUGGAUUCAAACAGUAGUCAGAAUUUGGCUGGUGGAGCUGUUCCAGUUCAAGCUCAUUAUGAAAACUUUGCAGCAACUACUGAUUUAUCUAGACAUAACAACUCACUGACAGAGCCAGUGCUAACCCAGGAUACACUAACUUCUAGAAGCCAGCUAGAUCAAGAGAGUGGCGACAUCAUUAACCUAACCACUCAGACGUCCCUCCAGGAAGCUUAAAGGACUUGCUUCUUUCUGCAAUAGAAGUGCGCAUAUGGAAACCAAAGGGCACCCAC